CUCUAAUAUUAUUGCUCCAUCAUUUUUCUUAAAAUUUUCGUAACUUUAUUAAACGAUAUCAAUGAAAGAAGCGGAGAAAAUCUUCGAUUGCGAUAGAACUUCCGGUUCUUAUGCAUAUUAUGACUGCGUUUGUAACACUUUUGAUACUACUCAUGACUUACCAUUAUCUAAACCACCUACACCUAAAUGUCGAAGACCUAUAGGAAACUCAGGAGAAAAAAAUUGUUCACAAAAUAAUUACCACAAUUCAGAUAUGGAAAAUAACAUAUCUAGACAAUCAAAAUUAAACUCAUCUGAAAGUAAAACUGAAGAUGAUAGCACUGAUGAUGGACAAUUAAAAAAAAUUUCUGAUGAAGAUAUGAAGGAAGAUGAGAAAAGACCGUCUUCUCAUUCACAAAAUGAUAUUUUUUCAAAGAAAACGUUCUUACCUGAAAAUUCUCAGUUAUCUAUUUGCAAGUCUAUAAAGAAACAAACUACAAAUAGUUAUUGUUUAGUAACUAUCAUUAUUUCAAUUAUAGGAAUUAUAGUUGGUUUUUAUUUUCGAGAUUUGAAUAAAAAACAAACACAGCACAUAAAUCUUACUUCACAGUUUGAAUCCUUUGAAAAAAUUAAAGCAACAUUUUAUAAUCAAGAAUCAGAUACUUGGAAUGAUAUUUCAACUGCAAUAAAUGAAACAAUAUCAAGAAAUCCUGGGAAUAAACCUCAAAUUAUUCUAUUAUUUGCAAAUGAAACAAGCACAAUGGAUUGUUUAGCCACAGCAUUGGCACAUGUACUAAGCAAUGUUUUACAUAUUGAUGAUUUUCUAGAAUUAAAUCCAGAAAAUUUUGGAGAUGAUGCUGGUGAGAUCAUUGAUAAACUAAAGAAACAUUCUUCAGCAAAAAAAGUUGUGUUAAUUCGCAAUGUAUUAAAUAUCAAUGCAAAAGCAAUAAAAGCAUUACAUAAUUUGUGUGAUAAAAUAAGCCCUUUAAUUAGGGAAGCUAUUUACAUUUUUACUAUGCAAACUAACAAUUAUCAAUCAUCACAGAAAAAGUUGAAGUUUGUAGAGGAUCAGUUUUAUCAUAAACUAUCAAAAAGCAUUGAUGAAGAUAUUUUAAUGGCACUUGUAACGCGCGUUACAGAUGCAGCAAUUAUAUCCGUACAACCUGAACCACAUUUAAGAUAUUGUCAAUCUUAGUUGCGAAAAUAAUAUUCAAUAAAGGCACUUAGCGUAAAUAAUACAGUUCUGUAAAUAAUAAAAUUAGAUAUAAGUAGAGAGAACAACAAAAUUUAAUAAGAUAUGAAUUAAUACCUAGAAGAUGCAUAUUUAAUGUGUUGGAAGAUAAGGCUCCUAAAUUGUCACUAUAGCUAUGUCAGAUUAAGAUUAUCAGAAUUGAGUAAUCAUAAGAAUUUUGUUGAAUUUCUUGUUCUUGCAUUAUACAACAUAAAUUGGAUCUUUUUUCUUACACGUCACUCAUAUAUCUUAUUAAUUAAAUUCAAUAAUUUAUUUCAUACAAGAAGUAUCAUUUUUUUUUUCCUUUAAUGUCUAUUGUCCCAAUAUACUAUAGUGUCGAAUUAAGAGCCUUAAUUCUCUUUGCAUUUGCAAGAAUGCAAACUAUAUGAUAGUUAUGGCAGUCAUGAUCAAGUUUCUCCCCGAUUAUAAAUUAAAGAAAUAUAAAAUUUAUGUGUGUUAAUUUUAUUUUAUUAUGUCAAUAUUACACGAAAUAAAUUUUAUUUUUAAUGAAUCUUCCUAAUCAGAAUUUCAUAUUUCUAUGUAUUUUCAAAAAAUAUAAUGACACUGUUGUGUAUCUAGGGAGAUUUAAUAUAUAUAUAUUUCCGAAUAUAUUUUUAUUUAGCUUUAAAAUAAAAUACAAUUAGGAUUAUUUCAUGUGUAUAUUUCGAUUUUCGUAUUAAUGUGUCAGUCGGCAGUCUGUACAGUCUGGCAGUAAUUGAAUAAUGUCUAGUAUCAUAUCAUACUUACUGCCAAUUUAUAAAUCUAAACCUUUUCAUUAUAAUUUUAAUUUAAUAAAUAAAAUAAUUCGGAAUAGAUUUAGAAAAAUUACAAUGUUAUUGUUACAAGCAAGUUAUUACUACAAUUAUAAACAUAAAGAAGUAACAAAAACUUAAUUUUGUAUAAAAUGUGAUUUCAUAUAUAUAAUAAAUAAUAUAUAAAAAAAAUAUUUAUUAGGUGUUUAUUAUUUGCAAACUUGUUCUAAAAAUAAAUCAAAAUAUCUAAGCUGCGUUCCGAUAUUCACUGCCAGUGAAAAUCUAUAGUUUAUGUCAUAUAUUAUAGAUUUUAAGUACUGGCAGUGAAUAUCGGAACACAACUCUAGCACAACCCUACAUAACAUAGUAGAUAUGAAAAGAAUGAUUCACAUAUAUGAAAUAUAAAUAUUGUCAUGUAUCUGAUCUGGUGUAAUUUUUAUUUUUUAUAUAAUUUUUAUAGAAGAUUGUUAAUCCUCUAUAGGCUUUUUUUAUAAUUCUAUAUAAUCAGAAAUAUCAAGUUCAUAAAAUACCUCCUUUUCUCAAAUAUUUUUUAAAAACUAAUAAAAAAAUCAACUUAAAAUAACAUGAACAUUAACAAUUAUUUAUAUAAAUUCUAUUUUAAAUUCUUUAUCAAUUUAUAAUAUAACUCUUGGGGAAAUAUAUAUAUAUAAAUAAAAUAAAAUAUAUAUUCACGAUGCUCAUUUCAUCAUCAGAAUUUUUCAAUUUUCUUUAAGCAAUGAAAUAUAUCUUUAAACAAAAGAAAUUAGUGAUAAAUUUAUACAUAAAUACAUAUUUAAUUCAAUCUACAUGCAUUUUAAUUGACAGGAUAAUAGUAGGUUUUAUUAACACAAUUAAUGUCAAAAUAGUUAAAAGUUGUUUUAAAAUAACUACAAUAACAGAAAACUAUUUCUCUAUAAUUAAUUAAUAAAUAUUUCACAAUGUACUUAAAAGCUGUUGAUUUAAGUGAUUAAAAAUACCGAAAAAAUAUCUUUAUAUGCUUUCUCAAGUAAUAAUUUUAUAGAGGAUUUUUCUCCCACAUUUUAAUUAGAAACGGCACGCACAAUACAUGACAAUUUUUUUUUUCUAUGUCUACGUAUUACUUGAUUAGUUAUUUCAUAAAUUGGCAAUAAAUAUCUAUAGCCGCAUAAUUGGCUAAAAUGAUAAAUCAGCAAAGUUUCAAUUACUGAAUUAUAGUACAGUCAUUUUCUGUCGUAAUUCAAAUCGGUAACUGAAAGUCGAGAUGGUAUAUAUAAUUUAUAUAAUAUAAGUAUAGUAUGUCGUCAAACCUAAAUAAUAAAUAUGUUUUAUAUAUAUAUACAGUCACAGACUUUUCAUACAGAAUGUCCAAAAUUUAACAAUAAUGUGCUGUACAAAUCCAAUACUAUUUAUUUUUAUCACCUGCAUAACAAAAGGAAUGAAAAAAACGUAAUAUUAAAAAAAAUUUAAUUAUGAAACUAUAUAAUAUAUAAAAAUCAUUUAUUCAAUCAUUCAACUUUUGCAGAUGUUUAUGAUUAAGACCAACCAAUUGUGAUACUGGACAAAAAUAGAUUAAGUUUAUACAUUAGCUGAAUCAGCAUUUUCUCUUGCAUGAUUAUUAAUACAAAAGAACUAAGCAUUGUAUGUAUCUUGAUACAAACAUGCUUAUUAUAAAAUACAAUAAAUAUUUCAACCAAUUUUAAACUGAUGAAUAUUGUAUUGAUGGACAGAUGCGAUUAUUACUUUAUUUCUUAAGGGCACUCUGUAUAGAAUAGCCUUAAAAUUACGAGAUACGUAUUUACAGUAAAAAAGUUUAAUUGGUCAUGUUUCUAUCUAGUAUAAUAAGAUGAAUACCCCGUUGCGUAAUGUUGUCCGUGUUGGCUACAUAGUCGCGUACUUCAGUCAUUCAGUUAGUAUCUCGCAGGAUAUAAUGCUAGUUUUAUUUUUUCGUAAUUGUGUCAGUCAAAAGUCGGACGAGAUAUGAAUCUGCCUUGAUAAAUUGUCUCGAUCAUUUUGUCUUCACUUCUACUCUUAAGCACUAAAAUGUUUAUGCCUCAUAAACUGAACAUCUCAUACACUAAAUACAUGCAGGUAUGAGUCUAUAAAGUUCCUAUACAAAUUGUUUCAAGGUUUUAAUGCAAACAUUGUCGCAAUUUGACAUAGGUUUCAAAAACAAUAAAGAGAUUUUACAUCAUAACAUACACAGUGCAUUACAGUUUAUCCAGAAUGAGAAAAAAAAAAUCAUUAAAAUUAUACAGAUUUUACUGUUUUUAAUUCAAUGAAAAAAAAUGGAUAAUUUUGGGUUACUCUAUUAGUAUUUUUAAUACAAAUAAAUUGAAGUUUUAUGGGCAAGUAAGUAAAAUCAUGUCUUGUUGUAUCGAUUUUAGAGAUACUUUAAACCCCAUAGAACAAAUAACACUUAAUGAAAUAAGAUUCAGAAUUUAAAUAUAAUUGAUUAAAA